CAAUCGCUGAUGAAUGAAUUCAAGAACCAGAAACAAAUAGCGAAGCUGAAUGUUGACAAGAAACCAAUCUAUUCUAUAUCUCACUAUUAACAAUCUCGUAAAACAAUGUAAAACCAUUAAUCAGCUUCACCAACUCCAUGCCCACACCAUCACCACAGAACUUCUCUUUCUUACUCCUCAUGUCCUAACCAAAAUCCUCUACACUAUCACCAACCUUGCUUCUAUUUCCACCUCACCCACAUCAUCACUAUCUUCUUCUUCUUCAACUUCACUUUUAAGCUACGCUCUCUCUGUGUUCACUUCCAUCCCCAACCCAUCAACCUUUUGCUACAAUGCUAUAAUCAGAUUACAUAUCAUCCUCUCAUCUCCUUUCCCCGCUCUGCGUUUCUUUUCCCACAUGCGCCGUAUUUCUCUCCCUCCUGAUUUUCACACUUUCCCUUUUGCUUUCAAGGCUUGUGCUCAAACCCGUGCGCUUUCCGUCGCAGAAAUGCUUCACUGUCAAGCAUUCAAGUUUGGUUUUACUUCUGAUUUGUUUGUUUCGAAUUCUCUCCUCCGGGCCUACUCGAUUAGUGGUAACGUAAAGCAAGCGUACACGGUGUUCGAUGAAAGUUCUCACAGAGAUGUUGUUACCUAUAAUUCAUUGAUCGAUAGUUUUGUUAAAGCUGGUGAGAUUAUACGUGCUCGUGAAUUAUUUGAUUGCAUGCCUUCUCGUGAUGCAGUCUCGUGGGGUACGUUAAUAGCCGGGUAUUCCCAAGUAAAUCAGUGUAAUGAGGCGAUUGAGCUUUUCAAUCAAAUGAUUGUUUCAGAUUUUCGACCUGAUAAUAUCUCUCUGGUUGCUGCUCUUUCUGCUUGUGCUCGGUUGGGAGAAUUGGAACAAGGCAAGGCCAUCCAUAAUUAUAUAAAAACGAACAGGAUUCGUGUAGAUUCGUUUUUGUCAACUGGGCUGGUUGAUUUUUAUGCAAAGUGUGGUUUUAUCGAAAUUGCCAUGGAAAUUUUCGAGUCCAGUUUAGAGAAGAACGUGUUUACCUGGAAUGCUAUGCUUACUGGUCUUGCAAUGCAUGGGCAUGGCCAGGUUACGUUAGAUUACUUCUCGAGAAUGAUUGAUUCUGGAGUUAAACCUGAUGGGAUCAGCUUCUUAGGAGUCUUGGUGGGGUGUAGCCAUGCAGGACUAGUCAAUGAAGCAAGGAAGAUUUUCAAUGAGAUGGAAACUAUCCACGGGAUUCCUCGAGAGCUGAAACAUUAUGGAUGCAUGGCUGAUUUGCUUGGGCGAGCUGGUUUGAUUGGAGAAGCUAUGGAGAUGAUAAAGAAGAUGCCUAUGGGGGGUGAUGUGUUUGUAUGGAGUGGUGUGCUUGGAGGAUGCAGGAUACAUGGAAAUGUUGAGAUUGCAGAGAAGGCAGCAGAGCAUGUGAUGGAGUUAAAACCUGAAGAUGGUGGAGUUUAUUCAGUCAUGGCAAGUGUUUAUGCCAAUGUAGGGAGAUGGGAAGACGUGGUUAAGAUUAGGAAAUCCAUGGAUUGCAAGAGGGUGAAAAGGAACGCUGGUUGGAGCUCGAUUAAACUAAAUGGUAUUGCUCAUGAGUUUGUUGCAGGAGAUGAUUUGCAUCCUCAAACCCAGGAGAUAUACCUAGUUCUAAAUGGAAUUACAGAACAUCAACUUCAAGCAUGACCCGAAACAACUCCCAGUUGAGAU